CCCUGAAGGUUAGGCGGACUCUCGCGCUCUUGGACAGAAAGCAUCAAUUUUAUUUUUUUUAUUGGCUGGACUUUUUUUAAUCCUCCUUCAACAAUGACGACAAAGAGUCAGCUUGGAUGGAGAAAGUUAUUUCUGAUCCUCACAGUACUUCCGUGCUGCCGAAAUGUGGAGGUUUCUAUCCCAGUGGCACAAUAUGAAGUUGCAAGAGGAGCUGAGAUUACAAUGACCUGUAACUUUGUCCCAGCCAGACCUGUCAGCGGCAUGUUCUUCCUCAGUUGGGAAGCUUUCCCUCUAAAUGAGGGUGAGGGUACAAUGCAAAGCGUGGGAACCUUCUAUAUUAAUGGUCAGAUCGACAUUGCACCUGUUUACGAAGGCAGAGCCUUUCUGGAGGUUGACAUGGACAGACAAUUGAGCACACUGCGCUUAACAAAGGUGACCAUGCAGGACAGCCGCCGUUACGAGUGCAGUGUCAAGAUUCAAGGUGAUGAUGAGGGAACGCCCUCUGCCUCCACUUCCCUGCUGGUUCUAGUGCCUCCCUCUAAACCAAUCUGCGAGAUUCAGGGAAGCGCAGAGUACUGGCAAGACAUCACCCUCACCUGCAGGUCUGAGGAGGGAUCCCCUCAACCUGCAUAUCAAUGGACGACUUUCAGCGUUGAAAACAGGCCCAGAGAUUUUCCACCGAAGGCAAACCAAAAGGAUGGAGUUCUGUCUCUCUUCAACAUCUCAAGAGAAACAUCUGGGUUCUUCAUUUGCACAUCAGAAAAUCGAAUCGGGUCUGCCAACUGCAACCUUACCUUAGCUGUGGUGCCUAGGAGCAUGAACAUUGGGUCCACUGCAGGUAUAAUUGGAGGAGUCAUCGCAGGUGUUGUGGUUCUGGGGAUUGUCAUUUUCUGUUGCUGCCGGAAAAAGGGCAAAAACAACGAGAAUGUUGAAAAUUCCCCUGGAGAGUUUUAUGACGAUGAUGGUCCUAAAGCUGGAGAGCCGUACCGGGAUGAGCCAAACGAGAUGAAGGACCUCAACCAAGACAAACCAAUUGUUGCUCAAAAGGAGUACACCGUAGUAACAGCUAAACAUUUUGAGGAUGAUCAACACAGUUAUAAUAGUGGUAAGGAAAGGCAUGAUGGCAAGGGCAGUGAUAUUGAUUCUCAACGUUACCGCGAUGGUACCAUGAAGGAUGAUUACUAUCGCGGAAGUCGCGAUAAACUCGAAGAUCAGCGUGAUCGUUACGGUGGAAGUCGCGACAGGCUUGAGGAUCAGCGCGAUCGUUACGGUGGAAGUCGCGACAGGCUCGAGGAUCAACGCAAUCGUUACGGUGGUAGUCGCGACAGGCUCGAGGAUCAGCGCGAUCGUUACGGUGGAAGUCGCGAUAGGCUCGAGGACCAACGCGAUCGUUACGGUGGAAGUCGCGAUCGUUAUGGUGGCAGUCGCGAACACCUUGAUGAGCACAGCGAUCGCCAUCGAAGCAGCCGUGAUCACAUCGAAUACAUCGAUCAGUACUGAAACUGAUACGAAUAAGUUGUGUUACUGAAUGUUAUUUUAAUGCCAACAGCAACAUUUAUUUGCGCAUCCUCGCAAAUUUUUUAUAUCGAACCUGGCAUUCAAAUUAUAGUCUCAUUAGUCUGGGGAACUGAGGAAAUAAAGGCCAUUAUUUGAGAAUGAAGAGUAGGCAGCUUGUUACUAAACUGUUUCAGGUCUGAUUGCCAAGGUACUGUAGCUUGGACUUCUAUUGCCUGCUCAAGCAAAUCCACGAAUCUACUUUUUAUUAGGUUUUACAAUUCAGAGCACAACUUUAGAUCCCAUUGAUAACGCUGUAUGUUCCAGAUUUUUGAUAUGACUUUUUAAAAUAUCCACUAAUAAGAAACCCAAGAUGGUUUUUAAUGCCCAGAAGUCCCCGUAUUGGGUGCCAUCGUAGUUUCAUCAUAUCAACUUUGACGUAUCACAAAGAGUCUCUCUACAGUUGAGUAGGAAAGCAUUAAACAAAUUACUCAAUAUUCAACUUUCAUUGAAGGAAGUUGAGGUGCUGUCAACAUAUAUAUAUAUGUUGCAGGCUACGUUAAAUAUAUCAUUUAACGUUGCCUGCAGGGUAAAAUCAAUAAUACACUGAAAAUUCAAUUUCUUCUAAUGUUAAGUACAGAAAAUGUGUUUGUAAAUCCUUUUCAGCAUUGCUAUUGAUAUCAAUGUUGAUACUGUUUGUUUGUUUGUUUGUUUCAUGAACACAUUGUUUCAGGCAGGAACAGGUUUUUUUUGUCACUCCACCAUGUAAAAUGUGUACAUUAUUUUUGAUGGUAAGUCUUUUUAACCUUGAUUAAAGAUUAGAUACAUGAUAGAUUAAAACUAAUGAAGAUUGUUCUGUUGUGCGUCAGCUGAACCUGAGCUAUAAAUCAACAUCUAUUUUAAAACCUAUGUUUAAUGUGUGUGGGAGGGAAAGUAUUUGUUUUGUUGAAACUGAAUCAUUUGUAACAUCUUUGCAACUUUUUUUUGUUCAUGUUUUUGUGUGAUAAAUGAUAAAUGUGAGAAUUCUUUUUUAUGAAGCUAAAUCAAAUCAAGUUCAAUAAAGACUGUUGGUCAACUGUUUGUGAUUCCACA